AUGAGCGCUUCUAGAUUUAUAAAGUGCGUCACAGUCGGUGAUGGCGCUGUCGGGAAGACUUGUCUCUUGAUUUCCUACACCCGUAACACCUUCCCCACGGUAAUCAUCUCUUCAUCAAACGCCUUCAGCCCAACUAAAGCACUGUUACACACUUAUUUCUCUUCGGACGUUUCUAUGGUUUCCAUGGGAACGGAGGAGGAUGAUAUGAAUGAGGCAACAACUUCAUCCGCUACAUGGCUUUUUUUCUUAAGAACAACUAAUUUAUUGCAUGAUAUUGGUGAUGAGGCAAGUUUAUCAGCACUAUGGGAGAGAUAUCAAAGUGUCUCUGAAAAGAUCCAUUUUCUUAGCGUUCUUUCUCAAAAUCAGGAGGGAGUCAACACAGAACCCUCUCUAGGGUUCGUUUCUGCCCCUGUAUACAGGAGAAGAAGAAAAUCAAUUGUCAAGAGGAGAGGAGAUCCGUUCACCUGGAGAUACGGUUACCACUGGGCAGAAAUACAAAAGGCUUUUCAUAUAUUUCUUAAACAAUUUUUUGUAAUAUACAAGAAUUGGGAGCCAUUAGAUUUAGAUAAUUCCAUAGAACCUUUCAUUGAUUCAAGGGAUCCUCUUUCUGAAAAAAGAUUGCAGUGGCAUCAGAAGGCAGUCAUAUCAGUGAUGGAAGCUGGUGGUCUUAAUUGGUUAGUAGGUGCUAACAAAUAUGGUGUCAUUAUCAUUGUUGUUGCUGUUGGAUACGGAUAUGUUUGGUGGAAGGGUUGGAAACUUCCUGAUAUGAUGUUUGCUACAAAAUGAAGUUUAUCUGAUGCCACAUAUGCUUUAGCUAAAUAGCUUGACACUGUUUACUCAUCACUUGCAGUAAGUUAUUUAAAAACUUUGUUAUUAAUUUGGGUUGUUUAUUAUGUUGUUUAGGCUACAAAGAGACAUUUAUCUACAAGGAUUGACCGUGUUGAUAGUAGUUUAGAUGAGGUUGCAGAAAUUACUGCUGCUAAAAAAGAGGAGGUACGACAAGAUAAAGAAGUUGAUGCAUAACAUCUGAUAAAUUAUUUUUACAUGAGAGUAGGCUGAGUAGGGUUGAAUUGAAAUAGGGAAAUCCAUCAAGUUCAUCAAGGCCAGCUCUUGAAUUACCACAGUGGGUAAACUUCUAAUCUUAUACAAAUCCAAUGAUUUGCUAAAUUCA